AUGGACAGGCUUAGCACAAAUGGCGUCAAGCCUCCAGCUCUGGACGACGAUGACACCGCCAAUGAUGACGAUCUGAGCCCUCCUCCUGAAAACAUGAGCCCUGUGUCGGGAAGCAACGACCGCGCUCUGGAGGAUGAGAUCGUUGUCGGCAACCGCAAUGGUGUACCCAAGUCAUCGCCUCUCCGCGUCGUGUCGGAUCCAGAAGAUGAGAACAUGGCGGACGUCGAAGAUGAGCCCGUCGUCUCACAUUACCCUAAGCGGAAGCGAGCAUCUGUCUUCAACGACUUGAGCGAAGAUAAGAUGGAGAACAGCCUGGUAACAGAGAAGGAGGGCACCCCACGGAGUACGAAGCCAGCCCGCAGGCAUGGUCUGGGCGGUGUCAAGGGCGUUAUCCUCGGUUACUGGCGAGACUCCCCGGUGCCCGAACCACGAGGCAAGCAUGCUGUCAUUGGCUUCAUCGACGUCCGCGAUCGCCUCCGCACUCGUAUCCAGCAAAACACGCGGUUUGGCGAGCCGGUAUCGAGCGCUGACUACCCCCUGCCGCCCGGACCCGGUGGCAGCUGGGUGACCUUUGAGCGCGUCGUCUUCGCCGACCACCUCGUCGGUAUGGAUCACCACCAAGUCAAGGAGUAUGUCAAGCUGCGGACAGAUGCCGUCGAGGAGACCGAGGAGGCCCGGAACUCGGCAGAGUUGGCCGCAGCCAAGGAGGCAAUCCGCCGCGUCGAGGAGAACCCCCCUCCCGAGAACGUCGUGGCCCCAGCCAUCGCCUACGGCGCCGAAAUUCCCGACCACGCCACAAUGCCGGCGCGGCCCGAUUCCAAACGUCGCCGUACUGGAAGCGGUAUCGGCACGAUCGGCGGAGGCCCUACACAGACGCAGCCGGCACGCGAAAUUGCUCCAACCCCUCAUUUCGAUCCUCUGCUCGGCACUAGGCCCACUCGUAUCGUCGUGGGCUUUUGGAAGGGCUCCAGCGAACAGGAUCCUGCGAAUCGCCACGCCGUCUACGGUAUCCUUGGACAGAACGACAUGUUCCGUGUCAAAGUGGCGAGAGAGACUCGCGACAAGCGCUUCGUGGAUGGCAACUUCCCUGUCGGAGCCGGCGCCCUCUGGAUUCAUUGGGAAGAAGUCGAACUCGAGCCCCACCUCAAGAAUCUGUCUCGAGCCGAAGUCAAGGAGUACUGCCGUGUCCGCCAGUGGCAGCUCGACCAGGGAGAGAACCCCGAGGAACGCGCCAACAACGAGGCGCAGGCCGUGUACGAGGCCCAGCAGCGCGUUGCUCACGGCCUCAACAAGCCCGGCGUCAUGAACAACAUGGGACCCCCUCCCGUCAUUGUCCCCCAGCCCGAGGAGGAGAUCCUCGAGCCACUCGAGACGAAGGCCGAGGUGAACCCGGAACUGCGUCAGAGCCGCAGGACCGAGACCCGAGGCAUCCGGCACGCCUUGCCCGAUCUCGAGGUCAGGCAGUCUUCCCGCACGCCGGUCCAGGCUCAGAACAAGAUCGAUGCCAGCGCCCGCCGCGAGAUCGCCAGAAUCGAGGCUGCACAGAUGCGCACCGAGCGCUUCGCCGCCGAUCGCGAAGCCGCUGCCGCCGCCCUCGCCGCCGCCAAUGCUGCCAACGCCGCCAACAUCGCCCCUCCCCCUAUGAUACCGCAAGCCAUGCCCAAGAUGCCCAUGCAGAAUGGCAAUGCCAAUGGUAAUACCAACGGCAACGGCCCUCGCAUGAGCAGUCUUUUCCACGAGCGCGACGAGAUGCAGCGCCUCAACAAGGUCUGGGCCAGCCAAGAAGAGCACCGCAGCAAGGUCGGAGGCGAAGAGACCAAGUUUUACGGCGGUAUCAAAUACGAGCGCAAGACGAACGGACCCUUUGUCGGCAAGCUUGUCUCUCAGGGCACCAUUAUCAGUAUCGAUGGAGAAGACUACGUCGAAUACCGCGUACUAACGAAGCCGAGUUUUUUCUAA